GUUUUGGACGUCGUUGAGUGCUAAAAUAACCAAACUUUUCCAAAGUUUGUUAAGCCUUGUAUCGAAAUCAAUCUAUUAAAAAAAAAAAAAAACUUUGGCACAUUUUGCACGCACACUGUUAUUGUGCGAGUAUAGAAGCGGGUGAUGGACAGGUUACAGUAUUUCGGACCGGAGAUAUGGCACAUCAAAGCGUGGCUAGCUAACCAACGGUAACUGGUAACCGGCUAAGCUGGCGGGGUCUUCGCCUAAGUCUCGCAAACCGCUCGUUUACAUCUGUUAAUAAAUUUCGUUCUCUUCGGAAUUGUCUCCCUGUAAGUUUUCUAAUAUUGUAUGAACUUUCCUAUGCGUCUGUGCAUAUAAAAUAAUCCCCUCAUUGCGACAUGUUAAUAUCGUCUAUAGUCUUUGUACGAAUGUACAUACACAUAGUUUGGGGUCGCUUCUUAAACCUAACAGCCUGAGGGCUCAGUCCGGACUUCCCUUUCAGAGGAAAAAGUAAGUGUUUGAAAAUUAGCUAUUUUUCAUUUUACCCCCUCAUGGACAAUAAAAGGGGGUCAGGGAAGUAUUUGUUCUCGUCAGUUAAAAUAUGUAUCAUGUGUUUAUAUAAAGUUUGGUUUGAGCUAUGCGCUUAAAUGAGUUUUAUUUUCUGGCACGUUUUUGAAAAACCGUCGUUAUUAAAAAAAAAAAAAAAAGCUUUGUUCUCGUCGUGUUUUGAAGUUAUGUGUUCGUUAUUUUUUAUAUUAUUAAUUCGUUCUGCGUCGCGUUUUGAAUAACUCGUUACUUCGUCUUCCAAAAUUAAAAUAACACGCUAAAACACACCAACGACGCUCCUGUCGCCAACUAACUACGUCAUCAACCCGCGUCCACUGUUGCCGUUGGUUACUAGACGCACGCGCUGAUCGGCCGUUGACGUGCUGUUCUUUGUAAAUGCGCUCAAGAAUGUAAGUGCUAUGACGUUAUUAAAAUGCCGAAGCGGGCAAAGUUACAAUAAAAUCAUCAGCUACGAAUUUCAUUGGAAUGUGCAUGUUGCACCGGAUAGUUUGUUAUGCAACUAAAGGUCAGAAGGUGAUUGAUCAUCCGUAACGCCAGUCCGUCUGCGAUGGAGCAGUACCAUGUUUUUGAGAUGAUAGGCGAAGGCUCCUUUGGCCGAGUGUACAAAGGUCGUCGAAAGUUCAGUGGUCAGGUUGUGGCUUUAAAGUUCAUGCCUAAAUUGGGUCGCUCUGAAAAAGAGCUGCAGAGCCUGAAGAGCGAGAUUGAGAUCAUGCGAGGGCUCAAGCAUCCGAACAUAAUACUGCUUUUGGACAGUUUUGAGACACAAACAGAGGUGGUAGUGGUGACCGAGUACGCUGAAGGCGAUUUGUUUCAAAUCCUGGAGGAUGAUGGAAGUUUACCCGAGAGCCAGGUGCGUGAGAUAGCUUGCCAACUGGUAUCUGCCCUGUAUUACUUGCACUCCCAUCGUAUAUUGCACCGCGACAUGAAACCACAAAACAUCCUUCUGGGCAAAGGGGGUGUGGUGAAGCUCUGUGACUUUGGAUUUGCUCGUGCCAUGAGUGUUUCCACUCUGGUGUUGACCUCACUUAAGGGGACACCUCUGUACAUGUCUCCAGAACUGAUGGAAGAGAAGCCCUACGACCACACAGCUGAACUCUGGUCCUUGGGCUGCAUUCUGUACGAGCUCCACAUGGGGGUGCCGCCGUUCUACACCAACUCCAUCUAUCAGCUCGUGCAGCUGAUUGUCAAGGAUCCGGUCAAAUGGCCAGAGAACAUGAGCCACGACUGCAUGAGUUUUCUGAAAGGUCUGUUAAAUAAAGACCCUCAGAAAAGGCUGAACUGGCCUGACCUGCUUCACCAUCCUUAUGUUGCAGACGGAGUCAUAGUUUUGCCAGAUGAGGGUUCAUGCAGCCCACUGACCAUAAUGCCCAGUCCCAUCAUCCAAGCCAUGAAGCAGCAGCAGGUGGCAGAGAAAUCUGUACCUCGUAGUGGAGAGAGCAAAUUACUGCGGAAAGCCAGAGAAAUGCAAGACAAAAAGCAGAAGAAUAGACAGGACCCGCUGAAGAACGGGAAAGCGCUUGUUAACAGCCAGCCUCGCACCAAAACUGCCCCGGCUGGAGAAGCCCCCACCAGCAACCAUUCAUUGGGCAGCACCUUUACAGUGUGUCGAAAUUCAGCUCAUCCACCAGCCAAUCAGGAUCAAGCCAAUGACAUUGGUGUUGCCAGGGUGAGUUUGGCUCUGUGUAAGGGUCCCAUCAGCAGGGACUAUGAGAGAGAGUUUCCUUCAGUGGAGGUAGGACCAAGGUUGAUGGUGAGACGGUCCAGACCUGGACGCACCAGCUUGGCUUCAGUUCGGCUGGACAGUGAUGAGCAAGAUGUUAACAGUGAUGAAGAGUGGCAGCGUUUGGCUGAAGUGACAGAUAACAUGUCUGUGCCUAUGGAUCCCCACAUCCAUCAGAAACUGAAGAACAAACUCCUGAUAUGCAAUGAGCAGCUUAUUAAUGGGAAGGUGGAAGAGCCUUCUACUGUUCUUCACCUCUUAAAGAUUCUCAGCAACAUUAUCCUGACCUCUGACCCUGCUGAUGCCAGGAGAAUUGGCGAAGAGAUAGAUGCACUUAACAUUUUAUUUAGUCUGAGUGAGGUGAUGCUUAGCAGUCCUGAAGUAAUGAAGAAGCCGUGGAGCGAAAAGGUGCUGGCAGAGCUGAUGGCUGUGCUGUUGCCGAUGUGGGAGAAUCAGCCUGACUGGCAAAUGAAGGAAAAGAGAGCUGAGGAUUUGUGCCAGCUGUUGAUAUCAUUAUUCCUCCAUCCCGACUCAAACGCUCUGGCACCACAAGCAGCAGCAGUCCUGAGUCUGUUUGUUCACUACGGCGUGUGUGUUAACAUCCACAUGGACAGAAUUAUGACUCUUCUGGAGGAUCUACUGUCAGGACCAGAGGAGCCUCAUUACCCUUUACCUCCUGGCUGGGGCAUGUGCGACGGUGUCCUGGCAUUAAUUUUUUAUUUUCUCUCUGAGAGUGAAAGCAGUGCUCUGAAUGAUUUUCUGAACUCUAAUGUUUGGUGUCACUUGUGGACUAAAGUUGGCACUAUUCUAGAAAGGACAGCAGUAAAGUCUGAUUUUCUCUCAGUUGAUGGUCUCUCUGCCCUUUUAUCUAUUGCUCUUUUGGCUUUCUCCAAUGAGCCUCACGACUCCCUUUUUCUGUUUUUUGAUGACGGCAAAAAAUUUAUUCGGACCCUUACUCGUCUCUUGACUACUGAUAGCAGCUCGGCACCACUUAAAAGGGGUCUCAUGUGGGGCGGCUCUGAUAUGAAUAGUCUAGCUCUGAUGAGCUGCCAGUUACUGUGCUUUCCGUUUGCUGUGGAGCUGCCCCAGGAGAAAAUGGCGGCGAUUCUCCACUCAUAUCAAAGCCUCAAUAUAGUAGAAGGCUUAGUUGAGGUGAUUCAGCUCCAAUCCCCUGCUCUGUUAGAGCUUCCGCUUUCUUUUUUGUGCCGUCUUUGCCUGUCCUUCCCCAAGUAUGCAGUUCCAAGCUUCAUUACUGCAGCACAGAACUGUGGGUUUCUUCCUCAAAGCACACCAUCAGACCAAACCCUAAAUAACCUUAAUCACUCUGGGAAUGCUGCAGAGCAGCCAAAACUUAAACGCACCCCACAUAAAAAACAAUUAGAAAAGAGCAGAACUGAUGGGAAUCACCCUAAAAGAACCACAGACAUAUUAAGUGGGAAUAUAAAUAAAAGCAGGGACACGAGGGAUCCUCCCAAAGCGCAAUCCAAAAACAAGUCUGGAAAGGUGAAAGGAAGAGGCUUUCAUUCAAAGAUCAAGCAUGAUCUAAAAAUUCUCAGCAUGGAACACCUUCAAGAUAGUAUAGAGCUAGACAGUGAAGGUGUGGAGGAGCUUCUAGACAGCCUGGAGUUUCACAAAGGCUUCUCAGAUCAUCACAGACAUCUCACAGCACAGCACAAGAGCAGGACAAGCUUUUUAAUAGACAGUUUAGAGCAACCCAACAACUGCAUGGGUCACACUACUUUAAUUAAGAGUUGUUCUAAGGCAUCAGAGGUCAUUGGUCAGCCUCCUCAACCUGAAAUUUGGACAGCAAGUUCUCUCUUGUCCAUGCUACUGCAGACUGAAUCGCUGUUUGGGUGUGCAGUUCAGCUUCUGACUCUGCUGUGUCAGACUUGCACACCUGGUUCAGCCCUCACUGCUUUGCCGGUGGACCCGGUUGUGCUGCGAUUUGCCCUACACCACUGUGAUGAUGGGGUCCGAGCAGCUGGCUGCAACCUCUUGACCUGCCUUGAGCCAGAUUUGGGACAGACAUCUACCAGGUCAAAUGCAGGACCAGACUGGACUAUUGAACCAGCAGUGUUUAAGGACUUGCUAAGUCGCUUGUCUGAUUCUGCGCCUUCUGUACGCAGAAGUGCCUGUAAGGCUGUGGUAAAGUGGCUAGGCAUGAUAAAAAGGACUGAAGUGUCUGAGUACAGAAGGAGAACCAUCAGUGCUCCAGCAGUAACAGGCAGAGGAAGAAUGAGGUUAAGGGUUGAAGGUAUCAGCCCUCAGAUGAAAGGCAACUCUAGCUCUCCUUUAAAUUCUAUAGGUAGUUGCAUAGAGGGAGAGGAGUGGCUCAAAGUCGCCAUGGGAGCAGCAUCUCCAGCAGUUUCCCUCCUCUCAGAUUCUGAUGCCGUCAUUCGGCGACAAGGCUGCAUCAUCCUGGGGAGCAUGGCUGCCAUUACCGGGGGUGAAAGAGCGGUGAUGAGCGCGGAUGCUCCCCAUCAACUUCUGCACCUUGCCCGCACCGACUCCCAUCAUGCAGUGCGACGGCAAGCCCUGUCCGCCCUGUGUGCAUUUACUUAAGGGGACGCACUGUAGCAGGUGAGAGGUGUGGGUUUUUCAUGCCUGUAUUGCGUAAUUAUUACCAACAAAAAGUAAUAAUAAUUUAAAACAUUUUUUAUGUUUUAGCCUUAUAAUGAGGCAAAUAUCUAGUACCAUAAUUUCACGUGCAGUAGCAAUAAAAUGCACAGCACUACUGCGCUCUACGAUCAGUGCAGCCCCAUAACAAUUACACUUACCCCCGGAACGCUUUAACGAAACGAACAGCGAACAGACACAUUUGAGAAAUAUUGCAUCAUUUUGACAAUUGUGCUGUGGGACUCGGAGAACAACAAGUGAGAACUCCUUACCAGCAUGUCUUACUCUUAUAUUCGAACUGCUUUUUCCACAAGGCUCUGAAGCCCAUUGAAGCUGAGCUUAAUCUCCACCAUAUAUCCCAGACCUCUUCACUUCAGAGCAAUUACAGAUGGAUGGGUCAAGCAGAGGCAAAACAUUAAUGUAGACUCAACACCACGGUAAAAUAUAUAUAUAUAGUGUAAUUAAUGUACUACCAGUUGAAUUAUUGAGUUUUCACUGGCACUGAGAGUGACAGAGCAGAUGUCAAUUAUCAGUUAUCUGAAUGUCAGUAAUUGUUCCUGUACAGUUUUUUUUUUUGUUUGUUUGUUUGUUUGAUUGGGGAAGAGAGUGAGGAUGGUCUUGGAUAAAGAUUAAUCCUGUACUUUAAGCAGUUUUAGUGACUGUGACUGGCCCUAAGCUGUGUAUGUUUGUGUGCAGACACUACUUGUAUAAUACAAAUGAGGAUUGAUUGUAGAAUUCUGUAGAACGAUACUCAUGAUUAAUAACACUCCAACAAUAAAUUUUUGACUGUUUUGUGUUUUUGUGA